ACCAACUGAAAAACGCCAUAAACAGCUAUGGAGAAAGGGGAGGGUAAUGUAGUAUGUGUUUUACAUAUAAAGAGCACUUGGGAUUACAGUUAUUGGGCUAACUACCUCCGCUAUGCCAUGAUUUUUUAUUUUUUUUUAUUUACGAUUUCUGUGGCACUUUUGGAAGUGUGACAAUCAGGGUAUUUUCCUACAAUAUUCAACGAAUUACUGCAACUUAAAAAGGACUUACACUGCAUGUAAAAUUUUAUUAAAAUUAUAUUCAGUACUGGGGCUGGGAUGUUCGUUAUAAAUUCAAACCAAAUACAAAUAAUGGUCACAUCAAUAUAUAAAGCUGGAUUAUUUCAUGAAUAGAUUAUUAUCUAAAAAAAUAAGGAUUAAAUUUUAAGCCACUAAUUAUUUUUUAUUUUAAUAAUAUUUUCUCUUCUGGUUUCUUUUUUUUUUUCUUUUUUCUUUUUUUUUCUUUUUUUCUUUCUUUCUUUUUUCUUUUCUGUUGAGAAGCUAUUAAUUUCCCAAAAUGUCGUCGGACAAUAAAACACGGAUUUUUAAAGAGUGUAUUAUGAUUUUCUUUCAAAGUAAAUGUUGCGAACGAUACUGUUUGGGGCCGUGAUUCAGUUGAUCCGCUAUCGGCUUUUAGCCUCGCCCACUUUACGGAAAUGACCAAUCUGAUUGGCUGUUGUGUAGCGCCAGGUGACUCUAAUUGGUUGCAUUUAUUUAUUAAGUUCAGGUAACACCUUUCUAAGUGUGGACACGCAUGGCCGAGCUGGGAUCAAUGUCGUAGGGCGGCCGCCGAGCAUUUUACACUCAGAAGAACCAGCAAGAGAGAAAUAUCACUAUUCAAAGAAGGAACAGGGACUGCACUUGUAGCCUAUAAGCCUCGCUACCUGUCCUGAGUGACCGCAUAAGCCUGGGCUCGUAGUUGUUACUCGGUGAUAAAUAAAAAUAUAACAAAAAUCAGCGGGAGACGAUCCGAGUCUUUUUUGGUAAACCUAUCAACUCCUGACGUCGAGCGAUAAACAGCAGCUGACAGCCAACUGUCACAUUCUUGUACUGUGUCAUUCGGUUUGCAAGACAUUUGUUAUCAAAGACACAGAUAUAUUGUGCUCUGGUCAUUUAAAAAAAAAAAAUUAACAUGACUGUCUUAAGUCAAGGAGAUUACUUCUGCUAAGGAGACUUUUAAAAAAAUAUUUUUGAAAGAAGACUCAACUUGUGUGGAUUCUUUUUUCUUUCUUUUAAAAUCUAUGGAUGACAUUAAGAAAACAGCAAAGAUGUCGCCAGAAGCGGAAGACAUACUCAAGGAGAGAGUCCAUUCCGAAAGUGAAUGUUCGGAGUCGGCGUCUGACAGUGAGGUUAAGGUUUGUGUGGACGACAAACAGACGACAGACGUACGCACAGACAGCAGAUCCGUCGAGAGGGCUAUGGAGACACGUGAACGAUUGCCGUCCCUCGAGGGCGAACCCAAACCAGUGAGACAUCUCCCCAGACCGUCCUUUCUUAUCACUGACAUUCUGGGUUCGCGAGGGGCCGAGUGUUGCAGCCGCCUGUCCCCCUCUGGGGGGCUCAAGCAAAUAAACUUUAUGAACAUGAGCAGUGAUCUUUUCAGUGACAGGUCUCGGCCACCCAUCAGCUCCAAAGACAUUGAUGUGGAUUCGAAUUGUGCGGAGGAUGACACGGACGAGCACGAGGACGGCGACGACAGCACGUCGUCGAUGAUGAUGAAGACUAAGAAGCCGAGAAAAGCUAGGACGGCCUUCACCGACCAUCAACUGAGCUGUCUGGAGAAGAACUUCGAGCGUCAGAAGUAUCUCAGUGUCCAGGACAGGAUGGAACUGGCGGCCAAGCUUAACCUCACAGACACCCAGGUGAAAACCUGGUACCAAAACAGAAGAACCAAGUGGAAGAGGCAGACGGCUGUUGGCUUGGAAUUGUUGGCAGAGGCGGGAAACUAUGCCGCUGUACAGCGCAUGCUCCAGAGCAACCCAUACUGGUUCACGUAUCACCCACAGGCAGCAAGCAUUCUAUCCAAUCUCGAUGCAUUUUACUUCCGUCACGGAGACAGUGCUCUUGCGCAAGCGCAGCGUCCAAUUUUACCCAGAAUGUUUAUCCAUGGACUCCAACAACACGUGAGCCAACUUCCGCCUCCUACAGGCGGCGUUGUAUACCCAGAAAACAGAGGUUGAUAAAAUGAUGAGAGGAAACAGAAGAACUGCAAAUUAUCUAAGCUGUAAUGCUUUUUUUGUAAAAGGACGAAAGUACUACAGAGAGAGAAAAACACUCAUGUCUGACAGUGACAAGACGAUAAACUUGACUUCAGAAACUGAAGUGGAUUGCGUGAGACUUGCAUUAUGCAUAUACAAAGUGCUACAAUAAAGAUGUUUUGCAAAGGUAAUGUUGCUGAUGUUGGGUGCAGUGCAUCUGUUUAAAAGGCCUCCUUGCUCAGCGGCGAGAUGGUCCAUGAUGCAUCGGUUACUAUAGUAACCAGACAAAGUGAUUUUGUUCUACAUAAUUAUUAUAGUAUUACCAAUUGCAAUUGUUUUGGUGUUGUAAAUGCAAUGGAAUCUAAAUAGCGUUUCAUAAUGUACGCUAUUUAGUCGAUGUUUCAAAUGUUGAUGGGCACAGAAUUUGAUUAGUUGUUUAAUAGCAAUAAUGUUAGCGUCUAACCUACAGGAGACAGUGUUUGAAAAACAAUAUGAAUGUGGUGAAGAUUUUACCUUGAAGAAUGUUUGUCAAGAACAUUAUGCUUGUCACAGAAUCUUCUUGGUGCAGUUUGCAAUCAUUUAUUCACAAAUGAUUUGUCCAAAUUGGCGUAGCCUGGGUGUGUGUGUGGGGAUGGGGGGGGGGGGGGGGCGGGGGGCAUUGGGGCCAUGCUAAUCCCAACCACAUCUCGUGUUUUCCCCUACCACCUUUUUAUAUUUGCCUGUCGCCCCAUAACCACUUGUAGACAUUGCGGGUGCCCGUCCCCCAGUGUGCGGUUACCCCCAAUAGAAACGCCUCGCUAUUUCAAUCAUUGUACAUAAUAUGCAAAAUUCUAACUCGCUGGUCAAUGUAAACAGUACGGUGGUAAAACAUUAAUAUUGAAUGAUUUCGUCAAAACCUUUUUUUUAUUGAUCACUGAAUGUCUCAGUGUUAAUAAAUAAUAAACGUGUAGAAAUGCAACCCACUGACAAUUGUGGGAAAAAGAUUAGUAAUGUAAUGAAACUUGGAGGUUUAAACUUCUUAAUGUGAAAAACAUUCUGAAGGACGUAGAAUUUUCCAAGGAAAGUUUGUAGAUUAAUGCUCAAUAACGAACAUUAUAAAAACAAAAGUAUCCCAUCGGACAAAGUCAGGGGUUAGACUUUAUGUUGAAGAACCAUCUUAGUUUUUAGUGCCCAAAAUGAGGGAAAAGAUGUUGCAAAACAAACCAUUGUCAUCACUUUCCGCAACAAUGCGCACUUGUUUUCAGUUAUUGACACAUUUCAGUAGUUUGAUAUUCAAUGUCACGAUUAGAUAUUGUAUGAUUAUUGCUUGUAACAUUUUCACGAGUUGUUUCGUAGAUCUUGGUGAUUGGUCUCAAUGUCCCUGUCUAAUGACAUAUCUAGACAUUUCUAUGGCAUCCGUUUCUUUAACGGUGGACUGAAAUUAAUCAUAUAUUCGACUUCUUCAUCUCAUUCUUCUUCUUCUUCUUCUUCUUUUCUUUCUUCUUCUACUACUAUUACUACUUUUACUGCUGCUAAUGUUACUACUACUACUACUACUACUACUACUACUACUACUACUACUACUACUACUACUACUACUACUACUACUACUACUACUACUACUACUACUUCUACUCCUACUUAUUUUUCUUGUGUUUCUCCUCUUCUUUUUUUCUUUCUUCAUUUUGCUCAUUGAAAGACACGACUGAAUGUUUACUCCAGUUACGCUUAUUACGUAAAUCGUAUAAUACUUGUAUAUUUCCAUUACUGACACAUAUCUGCUAUGUCAAACAGUUUGUAAACAAAGAUAAAAGAAGUUAACUUAACCAAAGUUAUUGAAAGAUACAUUUAUACAAUUAUCUUUUGAAGGGUGUGAUUUUUCUUUAUUCAGUAUGUAAUUGGUCAAGCGACGUUAUUUCAUUCUAGUUGUAUGUUUUUGUAUUCUUUUUAUUUCGCGGGUGGGUGGGGUGGGUGGGGUGGUAGGUGGGCAUGGGUCAUAUUGGAAUUCUGUUGUUAAAUAUGAAAUCAUUACAGAGAUAUUUGAACUCGUGUAACAAACAUAUCUAAAAGUUGCUUAUGUUGAGCCACAAACCACACUGUCAUAAGUUCAUGUUAUUUUAUUUUAUUGUUUUAAUAAAAGAUAUUCUUAUGUU